AAAACAAACUGGUGAUAACCCAUAGGUCAAGCAACGUUUUUUCGUAUGCCAUUAAUGUUUAUUAAAGAUUAUUUAAUGUUAAAGCUACUCAGACUGUUGAAUCCUGAAGGCUGAACCAAGAUGAUUUUAAAAGUUCUAAUAUGUGGACUCCUAAUUGGGUCAUUAUUGGAAAUCCACGCAAUUUCCGUAAACAAAAUCAAUUUGACAAAAGACAGCAGCGAAGAAAAAACCAGCAAUAAGGAAAUCCUCGAGUCCCUCAAACAGUUCGUUCAGUUGGUGGAAACCCUAAAGCUAAACGUCACAGUGGUGGGCUCUUAUGCCAAAGAAAACAAGAAUUAUCUGGAGGAAACGUUGUCCCUCUCGAUGCAUUUGCCUCGCAAUCAAGAUGGGGUGACUCAACCAACGUUAGACGAUGGCAAACAGGACAAGUUUUUGAAAAAAAUCGAAAUGUUAAGCGGGAAAGAACUGGUCGGGGCGAGGACCAGGGUGGUACGAGUCAAUAGAAAUGGUUCCGAAGAGGAGUUGGCUAGUGACAUUGUUAAUCCUCAAUAUUACAUCAAUGCCAUGGGCGUCGAAAAACUGACCCCCAUCACCUUCGAAUCCGCCCAAUUAAAAAACGAUGCGUUCGUUUAUUUACGAAAUUACGUAAUCAAUACACCUGGACCAGAUAACAUUCAGAACGUCCGAGUCAUUUUGGGCAGCGUCAAGGUGACAACCAAGGAAAUGACGCGGGACUUUCCUAAAGACAUGCAAAAGGAAAUCGAAACAAUGCUGCCGCUUUUUUGGAUGAUGUUCAACGAUUAUAUUGAUAUCGCCAAGGCGCUCGGUACGCAUUUAGACAAUUUUCAGGAUAAUGUUCAGGUGAUGAUUGGAACCGGAGAAGAAUCAAAUUUUGCUACUGGUGCUAAAACCUACGCUACCUUUAAUGUGGGUGAUAAAUUUAACGUUCUAGUAUUUAUGUUCUGAUUUCAAUACAUAUAAAUGAGAUAAAUUCGAGAUAUAUA